GUUGCAGAUCUGAUAGAGACUGUUAACAAAGUUUCUAAGCUUAGCAUUGCUCAUGAAAUUGUGGUAAACCAAGAUUUCUGUAUGGAAGAGAGUGUUUUACCACCCAACAGUCUGGAAGGCAGGUUUUUUGAGACAAUGUACAAUGCUUUUUGGAACCAUCUGAAAGAGCAACUAUCAAGUACUCCCCCUGACUUCACUUGUGCUCUUGAACUUCUAAAAGAAGUUAAGGAGAUCUUGCUAUCCCUGCUAUUACCACGCCAGAACCGUAUAAGAAAUGAGAUUGAAGAAGCUCUGGAUAUGGAUCUCUUAAAGCAGGAAGCAGAGCAUGGGGCCCUAGAUGUCCCUCAUCUCUCUAACUACGUUCUCAAUUUGAUGACCCUGCUAUGUGCACCAGUCCGAGAUGAAGCAGUGCAGAAACUAGAGAGCAUAACAGAUCCUGUGCAGUUACUGAGGGGUAUCUUCCAUGUUCUGGGUCUAAUGAAAAUGGACAUGGUAAAUUAUACUAUCCAGAGCCUUCAACUCUACCUUCAGGAACAUUCUGUUCAGGAUGAACGAGCUAAAUUCCAGGAACUCCUUGACAAGCAGCCUGAUCUCCUUGAUUUCACUACACAAUGGCUAACCAAAGCAGCAAGAGAUCUCACUACACCAUUUCCAAGUUCUCCUGAGUCUCCCAGCUCCUCCAGCAUGGCCUGUUCAUCUCCAAAUUGGGAAGCUAACAACUCAGAGCUCCCCAGUCACACAAUGGUGCUAUACCAGGGUUACCUGAACCUUCUUCUCUGGGAUCCUGAUGAUGAAGAGUUCCCUGAGACUUUGCUGAUGGACAGAAUACGGCUGCAGGAGAUGGAGUCUCGGUUGCAGCAGUUAACCAUCCUGUCCUCAGUCAUGCUAGUGGCCAGAAGUUUUUCUGGUAAUGCUUUAUUCAGGUCACCUGAAUUUGUGGAUAAAUUGAAAUGCAUAAUCAAGGCCCUGAUGGAGGAAUGUAGCUCUGGGCCUGAAGAGGCUAUGCUGAAUGUGAGUGAACAAGUGUCUCAGGAAAUCCACCAAGGCCUCAAAGACAUGGGCCUCAGUACCCUGAGCUGUGAAAGCACAGCAUCUCUUAUAGGCCAACUCCAAAACAUCUCUAAAAAAGAGAACUGUGUUCGUAUUAUCAUUGAUAAGCGGAUCCGUUUGUUUCUCAGAUGCUGUUUGGUUUGUGGCAUGCAGGAGUCUCUGCUAGACUUCCCUGGAGGCCUUAUUUUCAUCGAGGGCGAGUUGGCAGAACUGGGUUGGAAGUUUGUUAGUCUUAUGCAUCACAACCAGCAGGUAUUUAGCCCCUACUAUGCUGAAAUCCUAAAAAAUAUCAUCCCUUCAGCUCAGGCACGAGAAACAGAAGAGUCUAUCUGA